AAAAUACCUUAAUGGUUUUAAUAGUUCAACUCAGUUGUUUUAAUAGUUAUUGUAAUUCCAAUGAAAUAGAACGUCAUUUCAAAUACAGGUGACAUUUUCUGAUUCAAGUACACCUGGCAAACCAAACAGGAUGAAGAAGAGCACGGAUUAUAAACAUACGAGCUCUCAAAAAGUCGCUUCCAAAAGUUGCCAUGACGAAAAAACAUUUUUUUAAACAAAGUCAAUUGGUGAAUUUGAGGUGGCGAUACAAGGAGAAUUGGCGAUGAUUUGUGUUAUCUUGUGAAGAGUACUUACUUUCAUCGCCCUGUUUUAGGAUGGUGGGCGGUGUUAUGGUGGCUUUAAAGCGAGCACUGAGGCUGGACGUCGUCUGUAAAGCAGCCUGUCAGUAUCCUGUCUUCUGUUUCCUGCUUGUCUUCAUGCUGGGACUCACCUUGCUGCUCAACAGGUACAUCCACAUCCUGAUGGGCUUCUGGUCCUUCCUGGCAGGUGUCAUCACGUUCUACUAUGCUCUGGAACCAAACUCCCUGCUCCCAAACGUCUUCUUUAGCAGGACACCAAGACAGCCUCGUCAGGAACAAGAGUUGUUCCCUUCUGGUCACAGCUGUGCAGUGUGUGGGAAGGUGAAAUGCAAGCGUCACAGGUCAACGUUGCUGCUGGAGAACCACCAGCCCUGGUUGGGCCUGAAGAUUCAUUCUAAGAUUGACUCUUCCAUAGCAGAGGUCUUUGAGCUGGUUCUGGAGAACGUUGUGUACCCGUGGUAUCGUGACAUCACAGAUGACGAGGCGUGUAUUGACGAACUUCGCAUGAGCUUUCGCUUCUUUGCGUCCGUGUUGGUGCGGCGAGCUCAGAAGGUGGACGUACCUGCUGUGUUUGCAGACAAAUUGAUGAAGGCUGCAGUCAAACAUAUAGAGAUUCUGGUUAAAGCUGGAGCUAAAGCUCGUCAAGGUCGUGCAUUGCAGCAGGCAUGUCUGGAGGAGUACGGCGCUGAACUCCACGUGGCUGUGCGCAGCCGCAAGAAGGAGCUGCUGUACGUCAGGAAGCUGAGCGAGAUGCUCUUCCCGUACCUGAUGCCUCCAAAAGCAACAGAGUGCAGGUCUCUGGCGCUGCUGCUGAGGGAGGUGAUGGCCGGCUCUGUCCUUCUACCCACCAUGGACUUAAUAGCUGAUCCGGACACGGUUAACUUAAUGGUGCUGAAAUUUAUCGACAACACGCCAACAGACGCUGCCUCAGAAGCUCCAUCAGCUCUGGUUCCUUUCCUUAACAAAUACACAGACUGCAGCCACAAGAAAUCCACGCAGGUUCUCAAGUUGGAGCUGAAGGAGAUCAGGGAGCAGCAAGACCUUCUCUUUCGUUUCAUGAACUUUCUGAAGCAGGAGAGCGCCGUGCACGUGUUGCAGUUCUGCUUGGCCGUAGAGGAGCUGAACGACAAAAUCUUGAGUCCCGACUUGUGCAACUCGGAGCUGCAGCGUCUACAUGGCGAGGUGGUGCACAUCUAUGAGACGUACUGCCUGGACGAGAGCGUGGACAAGAUCAACUUGGACAACGUCAUCGUGAACGAGAUAAGGAACGUGGCUGAAGGUCCAUACUACGCCGUGGUCAAGCUGCAGACCAUGCGCUGUCUAUUUGAGGCCAACGAACACGUCCUGUCUCUUCUGGAAAACGUCUUCACGCGCAUGUUCUGUCAGAGCGAUGAGUACUUCAGAAACCUGCUGAAAGGCACUGAGUCACCUGCAAGGAGUUCACGAGUUAGCAGAAACGCCUCCAAGCGGGGGGAGUCGUUUGGCAUCAGCAGGAUUGGCAGCAGAAUCAAGGGCGUGUUCAGGAGCACCACCAUGGAGGGUGCCAUCUUGCCGCUCAGUUCCAUGGCCGACGGCGAUGACGACUUGGUGGAAGAGGCCACGGUAGUAACAGAGGACGACUCGCCUGCUGAGCCAGCAUGCACAACAGGAAGCUUAAGGAACCUUUCUGCCUGGACCAUCACCAUCCCAUACAUUGACUUCUAUGAGGACGAGGCCAAGAAGGAGAGGAUUCCUGUCUUCUGCAUCGAUGUGGAGCGCAACGACAGGAUCAAAGUGAGUCAUGAUGCAGAGAGGUGGGUGGUCAACAGAAGAUAUUUGGAGUUCUACGUGCUGGAGUCCAAGCUCACAGAGUUUCACGGGGCCUUUGUGGAUGCGCAGCUUCCUGCCAAACGCAUCCUGGGACCCAAGAACCACGAGUUCCUGGCCUCCAAGAGGGAAGAGUUUGAGGAGUAUUUACAGAGACUCCUGCAGCAUCCAGAGCUCAGCAACAGUCAACUGCUGGCAGACUUCCUGUCUCCUUAUAGCAUAGAGUCUCAGUUUGUGGACAGGAUGCUCCCUGACGUUAACUUGGGAAAGAUCUUCAAGUCUGUUCCUGGAAAGUUGAUGAAAGAGAAAGGUCAGAACUUGGAUGCCUUCCUUCAGUCCUUCUUCAACUCAUGCGAGUCUCCUAAAGCUAAACCCAGUCAUCCUGAGCUGACCGUCUUCAGUCCUGGUGCCGACACCAGCAAGCGGCUCAACAACAAGCUCUACAGGAACAACGGCAACAUGGCAGCAGGCGCCGAGAGGCAGCACCAGUACAACUGCUUCCUGGAGGCGGUCAGCAUUGAUGGCAUGUAUGACUACAUGUUGCACAUCGGUCGACUGUUGUUCCGAAUGCCGCCAUGGCUUCACCACUUGCUGUCAGCUGGCAGGAUCCUCAUGAAGAACACUUUCGAGGCCUACAUUGAGCAGUACAUGCGGUCCAAGCUGGACCACAUCCUGCAGGAGCACCGCAUGGUCUCACUCAUCACGCAGCUACGAGACGCCAUCUUCUGUGAGAGCAGUGAGGAGCGAAGCAUCCUGGACAAGCAAGCCAGAGCUCAGCAGACCUUUGAGCAGAUGAUGGACUACCUACCUGAUGUAGUUGGAAAGUGGGUUGGUGAGGAAAACAAACAUGACGGUGUCCAGCUUCUCUUUGAGGGUCUGCAGCAGCCACUACUCAAUAAACAGAUGUCCUACGUCCUGCUGGACAUCACCCUGCUGGAGCUCUUUCCUGAACUGGACCAUGUUGACCAGCAUCAACAAUGACAGCAAAGAGUUCAUGUUUCCCCCUCAGUGUUGAAGGACGUUGCCAUGGUAACUAUUUGAAGGAAAACAGCUGAUCAAUCGAUCCCAACUGGACAGUUCAGUUUGUCUUGAAGACCUUUUCGCCUCAUCCAAAGGGCUUCAUUAGUUCAUGUUCAUAGACUUGGAUCGCGUCAGAUGUAAUCUAGAUGCUGGUGCCAAAGUCCUAACUAUUUCUCCUCCAACAAAAUAAGAGCAUGCUCAGGCAAGGAUAGUUCCGCCCUAAUGUAGUAGGAAAAAAACAACUGUUGAGAUGCAAAUGAGCAACCCUUCUCGUUAACAUUGUGGUAAGGUGCGGCAAAACCUAAAGGUGCACCUGGAACCAGAAAUGUGUUAUUUGUUGGAGGCUAAAUUCUAGUCUUUUUAGGAAUGGUUGAAAGGACAAUGUUGUCUGCGGGAGAUAGUCGCUGGUGUUGCAAACCACCUCCUCUGGAUGCUUUUUCACCCUUGACGUACAGUGAAUGGCUUUCCUAAAUCCCCUUUUGAUUCAUAACAUGAUUUAGGGACAAUUUUGGUUCCAGGAACUUCUUUUGUGCCAUUUUUACAACUGAAUUGGAUGCUACAGUGGGUUUUGGUUUACCACAUUGUGCAGACUUCUUGUGCCGUCUGCAUUUCCUCUUUAAUGCCAUAAAGGUCAAUAACAAAAACGUUUCUGGAGAACAUUUAAGAUGACGUGAUCAAUAAUUGUUUGUUGUUGAAAGAAGUAACAAUUCAAUUAAAUGUCCGGCUCAUUGAUUGUCAA